CGGGGCGGCGUGCGAGGCGGUGCGGCUGCCGCUGUGCCAGGCGCUGCCCUGGAACAUGACGCGGAUGCCCAACCACCUGCACCACAGCACGCAGGCCAACGCCAUCCUGGCCAUGGAGCAGUUCGAGGGCUUGCUGGGCACCCGCUGCAGCGCCGACCUGCUCUUCUUCCUGUGCGCCAUGUACGCGCCCAUCUGCACGCCCGACUUCCAGCCGGAGCCCAUCAAGCCGUGCCGGGCCGUCUGCCAGCGGGCGCGCACCGGCUGCGAGCCCGUCCUCCUCAAGUACGGCCACGCCUGGCCCGAGAGCCUGGCCUGCGGCGAGCUGCCCGUCUACGACCGCGGCGUCUGCAUCGCCCCGGAGGCCAUCGUCCCCGCCGAGGCAGCNGAUUUCCCCAUGGAUUCUAAUAAUGGCAACUGUAGAGGAACCACCGGUGAGCGCUGUAAAUGCAAGCCUAUAAAAGCUACCCAGAAAACCUAUCUUCGGAACAAUUACAACUAUGUGAUUCGUGCUAAAGUGAAGGAGGUAAAGGCCAAAUGCCAUGAUGUCACAGCCAUAGUCGAGGUAAAGGAGAUUCUGAAGUCUUCCUUGGUGAACAUUCCAAAGGACACUGUUAACCUGUAUACAAACUCUGGUUGCCUGUGUCCACCCCUCAGCGCUAACGAAGAGUACAUCAUUAUGGGUUAUGAAGAUGAAGAACGCUCCCGGUUACUCUUAGUUGAAGGCUCCAUAGCAGAGAAAUGGAAGGACCGUCUUGGUAAAAAAGUGAAGCGUUGGGAUCAGAAACUCCGUCAUCCUGGUAAAGGUAGAAAUGAACCUGGACAAAGUGAUUCAUCUCAAAAAUCUGGCAGAACCACCAAUCCACGGCAAAGGCGUAACUAGGAAGAAAAUGUCAUGUGUCAAAAAAAAAAAGAAGUAAAAUAAUUCGUGGACUUGUAUAAAUUAAAGACUUGCCUUGAUGGAACAGCAAAGGAGAAAUUGCACUAUUGCGCAUCGCAUUCUAUUGUUUACUACGAGAUCACAUUGUACCCAAAAUUACUUUUAUAAUCCCUUGGGGUUUUUUGCCCCCUUAAAGUUGCAGGAAUAUAAGACCUCAGGAGAACAAAGGUGUGCCUUGCUCACAAGUAGAUGUGCACCAUAUUGAUGUGAGGAUUGCUGAUGUUUUUAAGGAGAAAUGUGAUGAGGUUAGCAGAUGCCACGGGACUCAUUUAUCCUUGAUUACCCCAGUCCAGAGGCCAGUGUGCAUCUUAUUCCUCAUUCAUCUCUGGCACUGGUAAACUGCCUCAUUAAGAUGAGGAGAGGAACCUGAGGCACUCUUAUAUAAACAGCUGGCACAUCGUGGCAGAGCUUUGAAAAAAGCAGCAGGGGAUGAUGAGGACACGAGUCACAAACCUCACUGUCAGGUCAGACUGAAGUCACUCCGGGGAUUCGACUUGGACUCGACUUGGGGUUGUUGUUGUUGUUUUCAAUGACUCCGACUCGACUCACGACUCAGAACCCACCCAGACCCUCCCUUUUUUGUUUUGGGGGAAAAAGCUUGUUUUUAACAGGGACUUGAGAUUCGGACCUGAUGCUUUCGACUCGGGACUUGGUACCAAAGACUCAGGACUUGAGACGCGGACCCAAAGACUUGCCAGCAUCCCUGCAAGGCAGUGAUUACAAAGGGAUAGAUAAAAUUAUUUUCUCCUUAAUUCAAUCCUGGGUAUGGGAAAGGAUUACGAAUCCUUUUUUUUUUUUUUUUGGCCCCUCCCACAGUAUUAGUUGGCCGGCCCUACUGGCUGAGGAUAUUGCAAGAGGGCCUCCAGGCAGUUAUGGGUGAGCGCCAAGCAUGUGUUCAGUAGCCUGCGUAUAAUCUGGGGAUCCAGUGUGCCAUCCAGAAGUAGGCCUCCCUGUGCUAAGGGAAAGGGUGUGAACGUGUAAGAGUGUAAAGCUUGCAUCAGAAUUGCCCCGUGAUAUCACAGAAGAGGGAUCUGGUGUGCCUUCGCAGCCUUAUUCUUUUCCAUGUAUCAAAAGUGAAAGGGCAAAUGCAAAGUGAGAAAUCCAAGGCAUUUAAUUGAGCAAAUUAGAGACAAACCAGGAACUUUGCGGCUUGCUAUGGCUGUUCAGGAAAGUCAGCAAAAGGAAGCUGGAAAUGGGAGGUAAUGAUUUCUGCAUUUUGCAAUUAAAGCUGGGCUGGAUGGAGAUUUUGUUGCCCUCCCAGUUCACUCCAGACACACCCUCCUUCCCAUGGCUUCU